GCCGCCUACCGAGCAUGCAAGAAGCCUGACAUACUCACGUCUUUCCAACCACUACGCCCGAGAAGGCAUAGGCUUCUACAAUAAAUGGCUGCAAAGUAAAUAAAGGUGUCCCUGUAUCUGAAGCCACCAUGAUUACACUGGAAUGGUUCCUAGGAGCAGUCGUUGCACUGCUUAUCUUCUACCUAUACAAUAUAAAUCAAAAGUACAGAAAAAUGCCACCAGGCCCAAGACCCCUACCGCUUGUUGGUAAUUUCCUUGAGGUGAAGCAUGAGACCCUUCUGUUCGAUCUCACCAAACUUGGAGAACGAUAUGACGGUAUCUUCACCAUCCACCUGUUGAGGACACCAACUGUAGUUCUUGAUGCUGCAGAUAUUAUCAGAGAUCUUGUGACUUCGACUGCCUUUUCUGACGUCUUCAGCGGAAGAAGGAAAUCAUACCUUGGUACCUAUAUAUUGUCUGACGAUAUCAGUCUUCAAUGCCUGAACACGAAUGAAAUAUAUAUGAAGAAACUGGCCUUUGUGGGACUUAAGCAAAAUGGAGCUGCUAUCAAUGACAUCGCACAGCUAGUCAACGUGGAGCUGGUUAAACUAAUCCAACGAUUCAGAGAAACAAGAGGUGUUCCUUGCGACCCACUGCAAGAUAUUAACCAAUAUGUCAGCAAUUUGAUGUUGAUGUCGAUUUGUGGGCAAAGGUUUGACAGUGGCCACAAGGCAUUGGAAACAUGUCAUCAUCUGACUACGGAAGUUGACUUGCUUUUCAACUACAGGAACAUGAUCCUGAUGGAUAAUAUUCCUUUUAUUACAAGCGUGUCAUCGGGUCUCAAACGUUCCUGCCAGAGAUUAGAAAAUUGUAUUCAAUAUUUCAUGGACACUUUGGAAAGCAUUAGACGGGAAACGAAUUGUGGACUGGCAGGGAACCUCUACACGCUGCUUGUGAGUGAAUAUGAAGAUGGCAACCUAUCCAAAGAUAACAUCAAAGGCGUGGUGCUUGACUGUCUGUUUGCAGGUAUCCUAUCACCCAAACCAACACUAUAUGCAGCCCUAUUGGCCAUGGUCCACUUCCCCAAGGUCCAGAGGAAGAUCCAAGAGGAGAUCCAGAGGGUUGUUCGAAAGGACCGACUACCGGGUCUGGAGGACAUGGACAAAAUGCCCUACACCAAGGCCGUGGAGAUGGAAAUAUACCGCUACUUCACCCCUAUUGGUCUCCCGGUUCCACGAAUAACCACAGAGGAUUGUUCCUACAAGCAAUAUUUUAUACCCAAAGGAACAACGGUGGUAUAUAACAUUUGGCGAGUACAUCAUGAAGAGACAUUUUGGGAGAAGCCCUUCACCUUUGACCCGAAUCGGUUUUUGGACGAAAAUGGCCAACUGUUGCCACCAGAUGAUGAAAAACGACAAAGACUUAUACCGUUCGGUACAGGAAAGCGUUCUUGUCCUGGUCAGAAACUGGCUCGUGUUGGAAUUGGUCUUGCUCUGUCGUCAAUCUUACAGCAAUUCAAUCUCACCAAGGACCCAUCCCAAGUUUUACCUUCAUCAGAUCCCCGGACGUACAAAAUCAAGACAGUCCUGACACCACCUGCCUAUCAAAUCCAGUUCCAAGCAAGAUGUCGAACUGAACAAAGAUACUGAUAAAUGGUGAAGUCAUCGUACCCCCAUUGCGCAGAUCGAUCUUCAGGAUGUCAUAUACCUGGCAUAUACCGGCCAACAGCGACAUUUUGUUACGUACUCUUUUAAGAAG